GUCUCAGUAAAAGACGUGAGAGGCACCAGCUCGAGGCGUAGAGGUCACUCUCGGGAGGUUUCGGUGAAACCUGGUGGGCAGGAGCUAGCGCCUUGGAGUCACGCCGUAGGAGGCAGCCCAGUUCAGUCUGACUUUUGUUUCGGGGAGUUGAGACGAGCUGCACAGACAUCAUUGUGAUUACACUGCUCUAUCAGCGAUGACAACUCGCUCCUACCGCCGGGGGAAAAGCGAGCUUAAUGGAUUCUGGAAGUGAUGAUAUUAGGUUAUCUUAUGAUGAGGCUUUUGCUAUGGCUAAUGACCCCUUGGAAGGCUUCCAUGAAGUAAAUCUUGCUUCACCUACUUCUCCGGACCUUCUCAGCGUGUAUGAAUCGGGAACUCAAGAACAGACUACCUCACCAGGUGUCAUCUACCGGCCGCACCCUUCAGCAUUAAGCUCUGCCCCCAUCCAGGCUAAUGCCUUGGAUGUCUCCGACCUUCCUACACAACCUGUGUAUUCAUCCCCCAGACGUUUAAACUGUUCAGAAAUAUCUAGUGUCAGCAUCCAUGUUACAGACCCAACACCUUGUUCUACCUCUGGAGUAACAGCUGGGUUAACGAAAUUAACUUCGAAAAAGGACAACUGUAGUGCAGAGAGGGAAUUUCUGCAGGGUGCUACUGUAACGGAGGCUUGUGAUGGCAAUGAUGAUAUUUUCGGGUUGAGUACUGAUAGUCUGUCCCGUUUACGAAGCCCAUCUGUUUUGGAAGUGAGAGAAAAGGGCUAUGAAAGAUUAAAAGAAGAACUUGCAAAAGCUCAGAGGGAACUGAAGUUGAAAGAUGAAGAGUGUGAGAGGCUUUCUAAAGUACGAGAUCAACUUGGACAGGAAUUGGAGGAACUCACAGCUAGCCUAUUUGAGGAAGCUCAUAAGAUGGUGAGAGAAGCAAAUGUCAAACAGGCAACAGCAGAAAAACAGCUGAAAGAAGCACAAGGAAAAAUUGAUGUACUUCAAGCUGAAGUAGCUGCAUUGAAGACACUUGUAUUGUCCAGUUCUCCAACAUCACCUACACAAGAGCCUCUGCCAGGUGGAAAGACACCUUUUAAAAGGGGGCAUACAAGAAAUAAAAGUACAAGCAGUGCUAUGAGUGGCAGUCAUCAGGACCUCAAUGUGAUACAGCCAAUUGUAAAAGACUGCAAAGAGGGAUUCUUCAGUUCCAUUCUCUACCUGGCUGACCUUGGAGUACCUGCUGGAAACUUGGCUGACUUAUCUCUAUAUAAUGAAUUCAGAUCUUGGAAGGAUGAGCCCACAAUGGACAGAACGUGUCCUUUCUUAGACAAAAUCUAUCAGGAAGAUAUCUUCCCAUGUUUAACAUUCUCAAAAAGUGAGUUGGCUUCAGCUGUCCUGGAGGCUGUGGAAAACAAUACUCUGAGCAUUGAGCCAGUGGGAUUGCAGCCUAUUCGAUUUGUGAAGGCGUCUGCAGUCGAAUGUGGAGGACCAAAAAAAUGUGCUCUCACUGGCCAGAGUAAGUCCUGUAAACACAGAAUUAAAUUAGGGGACUCAAGCAACUAUUAUUAUAUUUCUCCUUUUUGUAGGUACAGGAUCACUUCUGUAUGUAACUUUUUUACAUACAUUCGAUAUAUUCAGCAGGGACUUGUGAAACAGCAGGAUGUUGAUCAGAUGUUUUGGGAAGUUAUGCAGUUGAGAAAAGAGAUGUCAUUGGCAAAGCUGGGAUAUUUCAAAGAGGAACUCUGAUGCUCUACCUGGGACCAUGCAUGAACCUCCCUGAAUAUCUGGAAAAUGGCUGAAUAUUUUUGUUGUUACUUGAUAUUUAUUUCCAAGGAGUGGGCCCAAGACUUUUUCCCUCUUUUGCAAAUUACACUAAGAAGUACUGUGAUUUCUUUUAAACUGACCUAUGCUGUGUUUGCUUAUUCUUUAGUUGAGCACACUAUAAAGAAUUACAGGUGUACUAGUGAUUGUAAUUUAUAGUUGCAGGAAACAAAAGCUAAAUAAAUAAAUGUUAGAUUGAAUGUGUUUUUGCUUUCUCUUCUAGCUCUGACAUAGCAUAUGGGGUCAGUUGAAUGUAUUGAAUUGUAGUUUCCAAACUGCACAGCAGCCUAUGAGAGUCAAGGAAGAAGGCUGAGUGGACAAAUCAGCUUUAGUCCCUCCACUUGAAUGGCUCUGUUUUUGUCUUUUAUAUAUUGGGAUUCAAAACAAGAUUUUACUUAAAGAUUUCUGCGGAAAAGUUUGAAAGUUACUGUUUUAAUCAUUCUGUCCUUUGUAAUUUAAAGAAUCCCUGUAUUAUGGUGAUUAAUUAAAUAUAAUAAAUAGAGGACAGUCA